AUGCAUUACCUCAAGCAAAAAACGUUUUCUGUCAUAUUGGGUGUGUGUAAUUUUAUCCAGGUGUUAAGCGUUCUGCCGUUCAUUACGGACAACAGUUCUGAACGGUUCAGUCUGGACGAUGGACAAUGGUCAAGUUCAGGAAACUUACGUGAGUCCGAGUGGGCAGAGGCAGCUUAUAAUUAUGUGCACAACCUGGACUGUAAUAAUGUGUUUUUCACAACUGGAAAAGAGUGUCGGGACUUAGUAACGAUUCCUAAAUCCUCAAUGGUGAUACAUAUAGCCCCGAAAACUAUUGUAGGUCGGUACAAAGCAAUACUUCCAGAUGAGGUUUUAAGCAGAAAAGAAUCUUUUAAUGGAGUGUUGGUCGUAGAUCCGUACCCAAAUGCUAACUUUGGACAUUUAGUCAUUGUUUUUGUGAUAAAGGAGGAAAACAGGAAUACCUGUCGGACGAAGGAUGGAAUAUAUAUAGAAUCAUCAAGAGAUUGUUUAACGCUUGCUUUAAAACGCCGUUGUAAGAACGCUAUAAAGAGACAUGGCCGACGUAAGCACCAUGCAAGACGUUGUGAGAUCAAUUUUCUUCCUGUGGUACAUUUCGACACGGGUAGAACGCAAGAGUUAUAUAUGGAGCCGAGAUAUAAUUUUCUCAAAUGUUGGAAAAAUAAAGAUGGAUUUGGACGGUGUCCGGAACUGAGACCUCUGAAUGAAUCCUCAGAACUAAUUUGCAACCCAAUCAAAGAAAACACCAAGCGGUGUUCAACAACUCACGAAAUGGUGCACACGACAUGUAGGAUUUUUGAAAUUUGUGACCAGGCGGUUCUCGUGUCGGGAGGUUGGAAUAGACAAACCACGGGGGUGAAUCACAAGCACAACCUAGAACGAUUCUAUUGGAUGUUACGACAAUAUUCGUUCAAAAAACGAAACAUCAACAUAUUCUUUGCGAACGGAGCUACCGGCAUCAAUUUGCCAGGUGAAAGCCCCCAUCAGGUCCACCCAGCGGCUAUGAAGUACGCCUUACGAUACCAUAUACAGACUCUGUGUCGGUCUCCACAUUGUGUUAAUUCGUUGGUCCUGUAUCUCAACAGCCCAGCCAAGACAGAUGGGACCAUGCUUCUAUGGGAUGUCAACAAUGACGGUCUGGCUGAGGAUAACGAGAAGUACCUGUUGAGUGAACUUAAGGAGGAUCUCACGCAUUGCUCAGCAAGUUUUGUACACGUGGUUGUGGACCAGAGUUACGCUGGACAGAUCGGAGACGCCUUUCGGAACUCUCACCGUCACCGGAACGUGAUUGUAUUCGCUAGUGGGCGUGACAAUGAAUACAGUUAUGAUGGGGAGUACACGCGCCAGUGGGUCAAGGCCAAUCACACGCAGGAAUGCACGUGGCAGGUACACAAGCACAGUAAAAAUUCUAUCAAACAUUCAACGCCGGAGGUGAACGAAGGGUCACGUGGUGCAGUGAGAACAACAUUGUUUGGUGCCCCAUGCAACGUCAUACCACCUUUCACGCAGCGUGAACUUCGUCGCGAAUAUUUGGGGUGUCAGUCCCUCCCAACAGCUCUCUGGAUAACGAAACUCCUUUCACAGUCCGAAUACAAGUCAAAGGAUGCAUCGCCAUGGCGACGGAAAUGACGUCGAAUAAAGGGAGGUUAUCGUGUCUGGUAGUAAUCAGACCUUAAUUUCCUUCCAUAAAAGACCUUUCUAGAAAGGGAGGAUGCUGCAUGUACUUCAAACAAUUGUGAUACAACUGUUCGUGUGAAACAAUUGCUUUAAACACCACAGUUAUUGCAUAAUUGUUAAUGUUCGUAGUCCAAGAAAAGAGUUCAAAUGAGUGCAUAAAAUGUUCGGUUAAAAAAGGCGCUGAAACAAUAAAGUCGAUUUUCGCCAUACAGCUUGUUAAGCUUGGGGAUUGUGAACAUUGUAUUGCACCGGCACAUGACUGGCGUUUCUAAAUAUCAUAAGACAAAAGUGAAAGGUAGCUUGAGCCUCCCAGGGUAAACUACCCUUGCCUACCGAUAGUAUUGCCGUUGUGUUGUAAACAAACCAAGGUCAAGCAUAUCGAGCAUGGGAGAUUGUGCAUUAAAGUUUGUGUCGACAAAGACGAUUUUUCCUCUGUAAAAACAGAUUACAUAAUAUCGUGUAUCAGAUGGUGAAAGAACGACGCAUUAUGCAGACAGAUGUGUGCUACGUCACAUACGUAUCACAAAUGUACUGUACACAUGAAAUGAUGAUGUGGAUGUUUUUUGUGUUGAUGAAAUCAGCGCUUGCAUUAUAACGCUGUUGGGUAGUUAUGCCCAAUAUGGUCUUGUUGGUAAAGACUGGAUUAUGUUGAUAAUUUAUAUGUAGAUAAAUUUUGGAUGUAUACAAACUGUUGAAUGAUAUGUUGUGCA